UUUGUACUUACGUAUUCUGUGGACACCAUCUGGGCAUGUAAUCGCCGAGAAGGCAUACGCGGCGGCUCAGUGUGAAGUUACAGCGAUGGCCCGAGUCGCACGGAGGACAUGUGUCGAUCUGCCGUUGGCCAAUUCGUCGCGACACCUCAACUGAUUCAAUUCGCCACGGACAAUGUCAGCAGGCCGCACUGUCAUGAGCUGUGUCAUGGCAGUACGUGGCCACUGUAGAACUGAGUCCAUUCCGCUCCACGAUAAAACAUCCUUCGAUCGCCAUCGCCGGCCAUUAUUAGUUUCACCCCAACUCCAGGCCAGUGCUCUUCGCUCUGGAAUCCUAGUUAAUGGCCGGCCGGUCAGGUCCGUGGUAACCAACCACCAGCUAGCUAGCAGCGCCACCUCGAGAGCGUCGCCAUGGCAGGGGCGGAGGGAUCGACCGUGUAGCGGGCAGCGCGCGGCGGUGGGAGGAAUUAUCUGCAGAUCGAUCGGCGAUGGUGGUGCACGUGGUGCUCCUGGCCGUGCCGGCGGUCGGCGGGUUCAUGCAGGCGUUCAAGUUCUCGGUCCUGCUCUGGCCGUUCAACAUCAUGCUGCCGCUGCUCCGCAACCUGCCGCGCGUCUGCCUCACGCUCAGGGCCGCCGCGGUGCACUACGACGCCGAGCUGCGCGCGUACCUCACCGGCCGCCGGACGGUGCCGCUGCCGGAGCCGGGGUACUCGACCCUCCGCGGCGCGCAGAGGCGCACGCGUGAGCAGCUCGCCGCGCACGCCAUGAUCGCCCUCGUCGACAUCUCCUACUGAUGUCGCGUAGCUACGAGAUUGGUUUGAUAGGUUGGUUCAUACGUAAUUUGUUUGUUUUUUUGGCCGUGCUCUUCUUGGUUUGUAUAGCCCAGUUAUAAGAAUUUCCUUUGGACUAUGCACAUAGCCAGAUAGGUCUUCCAUUUCUCUUUGCCUGCAUUUGUCGGCUGCGUUCAUGAAUUUAUUGUGAUCUGUAUUCAUUUAUGAAAUGCAAAGGAGCUUAAAUUUUGACA